AGGAGAAGAGACUAGUUGCAGAAAUCAAGAAAACAGCUAAAACUGGAAACGAGGCGGCGACAAAGAUUUUAGCACGUCAACUUGUUCGAUUGAGGCAACAGAUUACAAACUUACAGGGAAGCCGUGCUCAAAUUAGGGGUGUCACCACUCACACUCAGGCUCUGUAUGCCAGCACUUCCAUUUCUUCUGGUAUGAAGGGUGCAACCAAAGCUAUGGUUGCAAUGAACAAGCAAAUGGCACCAACAAAACAAGCCAAAGUGAUUAAGGACUUCCAGAAACAGUCUGCACAGCUAGACAUGACGAUAGAAAUGAUGUCAGAGGCAAUUGAUGAAACACUUGACAAAGAUGAGGCUGAAGAAGAAACAGAAGAUCUAACUAACCAGGUUCUUGAUGAGAUUGGUGUUGGAGUUGCAUCUCAGUUAUCUUCAGCUCCAAAAGGUCGGAUCGCUACAAAAACUGCAGCUCCUCCUGCUUCCACUGCAACUAUUACCAACAACAACAGCUCUGAAUCAAGUGAAGUGGAUGAGCUUGAGAAGAGGUUGGCUUCACUGAGACGAAUCUGAGAGUCACACAUCUUAUCAAGCUUAAGAAGGAAAUGGACGAUGUAUUGAAGAAAAACAGCUUCCUUCAACUCUAUAAAUAAACAAAGUAUGAAUGUUUUUUUGUCAGGCAUGUUAAGCCUCAAAGUAUGUUAUUUGUAUGUAUGUUCAUGAUAUUCCAAAAAUUCCAAGAAACUCUUUUGUGACAAUAAUGAACACGAGCUAUAAUUUAGAUUGAAACCGGAAAAUAUAUGACAUUUUGAUUCUGAAUACUCAACAGAAAAAUGGUGAAAAAAUAUGAUAAAGAAAACUAAUUGCAAACCAAAUUUUCAAGAGUUUCUGAAUCAUUAGGAACCCCAAACAAAAAUAAACACCAAAAGAACACGAGAACUAACUUUAACCGCUAAUUCUUUUUAUUCGAGAAUAGUCUGAAUCACUCCAGCACCAACGGUCUUCCCACCUUCUCUAAUAGCAAACCUCAUUCCUUGUUCACAAGCAACCGGCACAAUAAGCUCCACAACAAUCUUAACCCUAUCACCAGGCAUAACCAUCUUCGACUCCUCAUCCUUAUCAUUCAUAAUCUUCGUCACUUUACCCGUAACAUCCGUCGUCCUCAUGUAAAACUGUGGCCUAUACCCCGCGAAAAACGGAGAAUGUCUCCCACCUUCUUCUUUCUUCAACACAUACACAAUCGCUUCAAACUUAGUAUGAGGAGUAAUACUCCCAGGCUUAGCUAAAACCAUACCUCUCUGAAUAUCAGCCUUUUGUAUACCUCUAAGCAACAACCCUACAUUAUCUCCAGCCAUUGCUUCAUCAAGAAUCUUCUGAAACAUCUCAACUCCUGUUACUGUGUAGUUCCUUGUCUCUCUUAACCCAACCAAAUCAACAGUCUCUCCAACUUUAACCGUACCUCUCUCCACACGACCCGUAGCGACCGUACCACGACCGGUUAUCGAAAAAACAUCCUCCACAGCUAACAGAAACGGUAAAUCCGUCUGUCGUGUCGGAAUCGGGAUGUAACUAUCAACGGAAUCCAUCAACUCGUAGAUCUUAUCAACCCAUUUAUUCUCACCUCUCUUCACGUUAGGGUUAGCGGUGAGAGUCUCAACAGCUAACAACGCGGAGCCGGAGAUUAUCGGAAUAUCAUCACCGUUAAACUCGUAAGACGAGAGAAGCUCACGAACCUCGAGCUCCACGAGCUCCAAAAGCUCCGCGUCAUCGACCUGAUCCUCUUUGUUCAAGAACACAACCAUGUCGGGGACACCAACCUGCUUAGCCAAAAGAAUAUGCUCUUUGGUCUGAGGCAUAGGACCAUCUGCUCCGGAGACGACGAGGAUAGCUCCGUCCAUCUGAGCAGCGCCAGUGAUCAUGUUCUUGACGUAAUCAGCGUGGCCAGGGCAGUCCACGUGAGCGUAGUGACGAUUCUCAGUCUCGUACUCGACGGUAGCAGUGUUGAUUGUGAUGCCGCGAGCUCUCUCCUCGGGAGCAGCGUCGAUCUCGUCGUACUUUUUGGCGACGCUGUUUCCCAUGGAAGCUAAGGCCAUGGUUAGGGCGGCGGUUAGAGUUGUUUUGCCAUGGUCGACGUGGCCGAUUGUGCCGAUGUUGACGUGAGGCUUCUUCCUCUCGAAUUUCCCUCUGGCGGCGCGUACGGUGAAGGCGCGGCGACGGAGGGGGUGAGGGGAAGAGGUGGAGAGGGAAGUGAGGGAAGGGAGGAAGGAGGAGGAGGGGAGAGUUAGGGAAAUGGUGGGAGAAGGGGGAGAGGAAGGAGAAGUGUGGGAGGAAAAGAGGAGUCUAGUGGAGGAGGAAGAAGUAGCGGCGGGAGAAGAGAAAGCCAUGGGAAUGGAGAGGAGAGGAGAGUUGGGGAAGAUUGUGUGUGGAGUGUUG